CGCAAACUGGUCUGAGAGAGAGAAGAAACCAAAUCCUCCAAACUUCUGUCACCUCAAAGUCUUCUCAAAAUGUCCGUGAUGCUGAAGCCGUGGACCGUGCUGGUGGCCUUAGUGGUGUGUGUGCUGGUGUGUCUGGGAACACUGGUCGACGCCUACCCCCCCAAACCUGAGAACCCCGGUGAAGAUGCUGCCCCAGAGGAAUUGGCCAAGUACUACACCGCCUUGAGACACUACAUCAAUCUGAUCACCAGGCAGCGGUAUGGAAAGCGUUCCACUCAGGAGAAUGUGGUUGCAGAGCUGCUGUUCGGUGGCGACACAGACCAGAGAUCAAGAUAUGACGACUCCUACAUGUGGUAACUUCGCUGCCCCUCCCCCCUCACGGAGCAUUUCC